AUGGACCUUGAUAUUGAAAGAUUUUCCUUUGCUCUUUCUCUGACUUCUAUUCCAUUUUAUAUCAUUGGAUUCAUUGGGAAUGUGUUGGUCAUCCGAAUUGUACAUAAAACGAGAGCAAUGCACACGACAACAAAUUACCUCUUGGCAAAUCUGGCUGUUAGUGACUGUGUCACCAUUUUGUUGGCUCCACUCUACUUCUAUUCUCAUUUGCUCAGCCACCAAUCUAACGGUUUUGGAAACUUCACUUGCAAGUUUCUUGUUCUCACUUACAUUUCAGUAGCGGCUACAUCAUUUACUCUAACCCUACUUGCCAUUGAAAGGUAUCAUGCUUUAUUGAAACCAUUUAGAACAGGGCUUCGUUUGAAGGAAGACAACGUUAAGAAGGCCAUCAUUAUCAUAUGGAUCGCAAGUAUUCUGCUCUGCUCUCCAGAAUUUUUUAUUCAAGAAUGGAGCGAGACAUUCUCCACCUGCGUUGGUGUGUGGAGCUUUCACAUAAAUCAAACAAGUAGAGUUUUAAUGAUUAGAUUUUGCAUAUUCACUUCUUAUAUUCCGCUGGCAAUAUUUUUGUAUUGCUACGGAUCAUUGAUAAAAGGUUUAUACUUUACCAACACGAUAUGUUCUGCAAAUAGUACAGAAGAAGAUAGAUCUAACAAGAAGAAACUUGUGGUUACAUUCAUGAUGGCAACCGCUGGUUUUGUUAUUUGUUAUUUGCCCAUUCAAGUCUUUUACACAUUCGUGGCGUUA